AUGCCUCGCCAGCCCAGGCCAUGGCCAGCCAGUUCCAUUCAUUCACUGAAUCAGCGGCACUCUCGUCAACAACACCAAACGUUCGACCCUCGCAACCCCGCAAAAUUCCACCAACUCUUCUCAACCUCCUCCCUCAUCGUCCGAAUUCCGUCCGACUCCCGCUCUCGAGCAUCCAGUUCGCCAUCGAAAUUCACCUCGGACAAUUCUUUCAUCGCCCUCCGUGUCCGCCUCCACACCUCCGCCUUCGCUUGCGACGAUUGCUAUGACGCGCCACGACGUCAACAACGAAGCCUUGCCAUAACCUGCACCCCCUUCCCCGGAGAGUGCUUUUCCCAGCCAUGCCCGCACCUGCUUCCGCGUGAACGAUUCGCGAACGAGACUUGCGCGUGCCGUGCGGCCGGUGCCAUGGACGGUGGCCUCGAGGGAGCGGCUGCGCGCCCAGCGCCUGGGCCUGGGCCUGGACCUGGACCUGGACCACGAUCGGCAUCGACCCAGCUGCAGGUGAGGCAGGAAGGGAGACGACCGCUUUUCGGCAGCAACGGCUCGAGAGACCCAGCCACGAGCACGAGCACGAGCACAACCAAAGCUCGCGAGUCGCCGCGCGUCGACGCCCGAGCCGGAAGCUUAGCCGGCGCAGCACCUAUACGACGGACGAAAUCCGACUCGCAAACCGCACCGCUGGGCCGAAGAGGCAGCAGCUCAAGCGUUGCGAGCCUGCCGUCGCCAGCCGCCGCCGGCACGCGCAUCCCUCAACCCAACAGCUCGACCUUCUGGCGCCGCCGGCCCAUCUCCAUCCACGAGGCCUGGCAGCUCGCGGAGGACGAGGAGCUCCAGGCAAACCGGGUCAAGGGUGUCGAUGGCUCGCCGAGUCCUGCACCUAGAACCUGGCGGGCCACGGCUCAGGAUGAGAACAAGCUGAGGCAGCAGCUGGGGCGGGAUCACCUCGACACCAAGGGAAACGCGAACCAGAAGCAAAGGGUCCAAUCACCCGUCAAGCGCGGAACGCAGCAGAGGAUCGCAGGCUCGGCGACGCUCGACCGCCCGACGGAGGCGAGGAUGAGGACGCGAGCGAGUGGCCAGCCGGCGGGCCAGGCCGAUACCAACGGCACCGACCAUCGCCCCAAGCUCGUGCCUGGCAUCGAGGAUGUGGCGGUACCGUCGAUCGAGCCGGCUGCUCGGCCGCCGCUUCGGAUGUCACCGUCCAAAAGCAACAAGGCGGAAACCCGGUCGCCCGAGAAGAGCUACGUUUGGCAGAUUGACGACGACUUUACCGCGGGGGACCUGCAGAUCUCCGACAGUCCUAGGAUCAAAGUCGGCAGCAACACGCCCUUUGCGCACCGCCCACCCUUAAUCAGCGGGGACAACAAAAUGCUGACGCGGUCCCCUUCCCGCCGAGCGCCGCAAGACCAUGCCCACGAUGGCAAGCGGGACGUUGGGCAGGACCGGGAACGCAGGUUGACGGCCGCCGUCCUGUCGGGGAGGCCUCGGCCCAAGCAAAACUCGAAGCUCGACGAGAUUCGAGCGAGGGAACAGGCGCUGACGGCGGCGGCGGAGCUGCAGGGAGCCACCACCGAAGAGUCCCGGGGCCAAAGCCGACCAAAGAACACGAAGCUCGACGAGAUUCGACGGCGCGAAGCCGAAGGUCUCUCGAGACGCGCCUACGCGACUGCGCGGCUCGAGGAGAUUCGAGAACAAAACUCCAUGUCUCGGUCGCUGUCACCCGAUGACCUUCGACCGGCUCCCGGUCGAGAGCAGCCACGACGGUUGGCGUCGACACCAGGCGCGGACAAAAGCCCAGGCUCGGUGCGAUCGAGGAAUACGUACGCGAACGGGUUGGGACUUGGCGGAGAGAAAAUUCCCGACACGCCCGUCACCAUCUACAAGGGCCAGCGUGCGACGGUAGAUGCGAGCCGGAAGAGCGGCAAGGAAACGCGGGCCGAAACCCGACUCGCCGAUGGCUCGGCCAACGGACCCCCAGACUCGUACGACUGGCUGCGACGGCUGGCAAGGGCAACGAGCUCGAGUCCUGCCCCGGAGCCUGCUGCCUCUGAACGAGGCCAGGCGAAUGGCGAAACGAACGGCGGCAAGCGAGGGAUGCGACCUGCGAGGGUGGAAAAUGGAAAUGGCAAGAAGGUCAUGUCCGCCAACGACGGCGCGAGGCCAACCGUCGGCUUCGUCGGCCUGGCAGCCGAAGACGAAGGACGGGCGAGCGACUCUGCUAGAAGCAAGAGGUCCAGCAUGAAUUCGGAGGUUGAUCCAACUGAUAGGAUCGAGGCCGAGAUGAAGCUGUUUGCACCCCAGGACAACUACUCGGAGCCAAGCUCCGUCCGAGCCCCGUCAUCGCCGGCCGACUCGGACAGGGAGCAGCCGGUGGACGCGACGCCGAAGCCGCCGAAGACGGAACCGUCGGUCAUGGCGACGCCGAAAGUCAUCGGCGCCUACAUCGAGACGCCGGCGACGGCACGGGUGGCGAAGAGUACCGAGGGCCCGGGAUCUCCCGACAGGAGCGCUCCUGUCUUUCGCCAUCCGGAGACGAGGCCAAAUCGGAAAGGAUGGGGGAGCAGGAGUCGGGAGAGGGACCAGGAGAGGGAGGACGAGAGAGAUCAGGAGACGGCGUCGGACCCGGGAGCGAGCGACGGCAAGGACGAUGCGGCGGCUGUGAUGGUGACGACGAGAAAGCCACGCGCCCGUUCACUCCCUCGUCGCAGACCGCCGUUGAAGAAUACGGCGCGGCUUCCCUCGGUCAAAAACGAUCUCCUCGAGUUGCAGCGCAAGCACAACAUCGACGACUCCAACCUCGACGACCUCGAGGACAUUCUUGCGGGACGGAAGGUUGCGUCGCCAAAAAGACAGCCGCUGUCGACGAGCGGGACGAGGGACGAGGACGAGAACUUGAUUCGAGUGAAAGGCGAGAGCGGCCGCAAAGAAGAAGACGCUUCCGACAGCCAGCUGGCCUUGGUCAGCCGCAUGAGCAAGACGCUCCGCACCGGCCUCAUGGGUCUCCGCACGGCCAAGGAGGGCAUCGCGAGGCUUGAGGAUCGCGUGGCCCUCGCUGAGACGAGAACAAAGUCGUCUCCGGACUCGGCCGUCAUCUCGGAUUCGCCACAUCGCCGCCUCGAUCGCGACAGCAAGCAAGAUGCAACAACGCUCGAGGAGCACUGCCCCGAUUGCAUGACGAACCCGAGGCCCUCGACGGUAACCUACGUCCACAUCCCGAUUCCGCGCCUCUACCAUGCUGUGCCGCGCUUCCGUCUCACCCUCCUCGGCUUGAUGCUGUCUCUCUCGUCUCUCUGGUACGUUCUCGAGUCGGCGACGUGCGCCGUGUACUGUCGCCCCACGACGUGCACGCCUGCGGCGCCGUGCGUCUAUUCGUACGACGACCCGACCUUUGGAAGUGCUCUGCCGGUCAAGCUCGACCAGCUGGCCACGGGCGGCCGCGGUCGCGGCCUCGUCGCCUGGGCCGUCGAGGAGCUCGAGGACCGCUUCGCCGACAUGCAAGAUGCGGCCCUCGGGCGGACCAUUCAGUCUCUCCCGUUCGAGGGCAUGUCUACCGAGCAGAAGCGACGACACCGACGGCGGCUCCGAAAGAAGGGCCUCGUCCGGCGUCCAUCGCCGCCGUCGGUGGAGCAGAAGGCCAAGUGGGACGCCUGGCGUCGGGCUCGGCUCGCGAAGGAGCGCGCACGAGACGCCCGCGAGAUGGGCUACGACGCCAGCGACGAAUACGACAACGAGGGUGCUUCGGUGGGAGGCGACGAGAGGGUUUCAUGA